AUGGAGAAAGAUGAGGACCAAGGGUGGGAAUUUUUCGAGGACUUAGCUGAAAAAACAAUGUUAUGGGAGUCUACUAAGGAAACUAAAAAGUCGAUCGAUUCAUCUAGCUCUAGGGGUUUGCAUUCGAUAGGAAACAAUAUGGCAACCGAUGCCAAAUUAGCAACCCUUACUAAGAGACUCGAAGCUUUAGAGUCUCAUAGUGGCCCUUCAUCUUUGCCUAUGUUCCCGAACUAUAAUGCUCCCCAUCCCGAGAUCCAACAAUCCCACGAGUUUGAGCAAGUGAACGCGAUGUUUCAACCUAAGCCUAGAAAUGACCCUUUUGCACCAACGUUUCCUAGAAGGAGGAUGAAGGGUGGAUUUAAGGCUAAAAGAUGA